AUGCAUAAGCCUUCACUGGCCCAAAUAGUGCACAGCACAUUAUUUCCUCGCCCGCGCGCAAGUGAUCCGGCUACAUUCUCCGCACAUAUCACCCGCAACCUGGUCCCAGAAGUUCGAGUCGAAACGUCCACAUUCUAUGGAUCGCUUGACUGCCCCGAGGCUCAGUAUCCGGGACUUGACUAUUCCUAUGGUCCGCACCGCAUGAGGCUCGGUCGUUUUCCAUGGCACCGAAGACUGUUCCGGGCCUUUGACGAGCUUGGUCUUACGGAGACCGAGAUCUCAUCCCUAUGCCGCUGGGAGGGCACCAAGUCGGCUCGCGAACGUUACGAGAAGGAAGAAGGCGUGAAAGUCCGCGAUACUACGGCCGACAAUAUUCGACCCGCUUCUCCAUCUCCUCUUCCAUCGAUUGAAGUCCACUAUGAGGAUGAGACGGAGGAGGAAGAAGAAGAAGAACUCUUGCCAGAACCGGAAUACCCAGUGGUGACAUUUGAGACCGUGCGCUCUACUAGCAGCCUGAUCGAUGACCGGGGGAUCGAUUGCAUUGUGGAAGAGAAAGAGGAGGAAGAUUCAAGCGAUGACGAAAUGGAGAGCUGCGGAGUCGAGCUGAAUCAUCGCCUCAUAGCAGCGACCGCAGCCCGCGAGCAGGGGGCCGACGUGUCACUGGACGAGGAUUGGGAGCAGUGGCUGAAGGAAGCCGGGGAGCGAGGGAGCUACACAGAUGUGCUCAGUGCGAUCCGUAUGGGUCAGCCACUGGGUUACCUAUACGAUACGUCUCCUCCAAUGCCGCCCCUCGGAAGGGUCGGCGGUCGAUCAUCUGCCUCACUUUCAGAGCCAUUCGUUCUGCCCACCCCGUCCAUGCUGUCGAGUCGGGGCAUCCAGCGCUAUGCUCAUUCGUCGUCACGGACAGCCCGAUAG